AUGGAACUCGCCCACAUCUUAUCCACCCGCCAGCCCAGGUCAACAAUCAUCCUCGGCGCCUUUGCUGGUGAAGAGCAGAACCUUUACGGCAGCACUUUCUUCGCCAACGCGCUCCGCAAUGCCUCCGUCAACGUCGAAGGCAUGCUCAGUUGCGAUCUCGUUGGAAGUUUGACCGGCGAUAGUGGGCAGAAAGACCCCUUCACAAUCCGCGCCUUUGCACAAGGACCUGCUCCCUCGGAGAACACGACAGUAGCAGUGCGCCGUCUGCAGAUCGGUGGUGAAAACGACAGUCCCACGUGGGAACUCGCGGAACGUCGCCAUCAUCUACCGUCUCGACCACUCGCCCUUUCCUUGCAGCUGGACCUGCGCACUGAGAAUGGGACUGUGUACGGCGACUUGAUUGAGUUUGUGGACUUUGACUUCACUACGCGCGUUGGUAAGGUCAACUUGGCAACGCUCUGGAGUAUGAGCGAGGCACCUAGGUGGCCGAGGAAUGCCACUGUUGAUACGACGGUGUUGGAUAAGGAUGGGGGUUGA